GCCUUCACUGUACUAGUGGUCUUGCGACGGUGGCUUACAAUAACAGUUUAGCUAGCUGCAGUUUCAACUCUAACAAAUUAAGUAUGGAAACGACUUACUUGUAGAUUUGAAAUAAUAUUACGCUACAGCACGAAGAAACAAAUGUAGAACACUCGGCGAUGCUUGCUGUUUUUUAGUUGCAUCUCUUAAUAUAGAGGUGGUUUUCAUAAAUCAUUAUGUCUACAAACUAGACAGCUAGCUAGCUUACACCAGCACAAGCUAGUUUGAUGGAGUAUGAGCUAGUUGGGUCUAGGAAGCUACCCAACGAAAACGACUUGACAACUGAGAGGUCUAAACGCGUUUUACUGUCAUUGAACAAGUAUUUCAUAUGGUAUUCAGAUAACCUGAGUCCUACAUCAUCAAGGCAAGACUACGAUUAUUCAAAUACACGGCUUUUUAUCGUUGACGCUAACAUAAUUUCGCUAAUAUUCUCGUCGGUUUUGCUUAGCUAGCUAGCUAACUUGCUAUCUGUUAGCUGGCUAGCAUAACGUCCACAACCGAUACCCGUUCUCCUGGAAAUGGUGUUUCAGUUUGAUCUUAAUUUCAGAGAGAAUUGUGCCUGGCUAUUCUGACAUAGGUAGACGCUCUGAUGUGCUCAUGGAGAAGGCGGCCUUUGAGGGGUGGCUGGAAUCAGUCUCCGCCGCCUACCUCACACUGAGCGACCAGCAGAGGAACCAGUCGCUGGACCGCCUCAUCUCCCUGAGCGGCGCCACCCAGCUCCGCCACCUGUCCAAUGGGCUGGAGACGCUGCUGAAGAGGGACUUCCUGCGCCUGCUGCCUUUGGAGCUGGCCUUCUACCUGCUGCGCUGGCUGGACCCUCAGACGCUGCUCACCUGCUGCCUGGUGUGCAAGCAGUGGAACAAGGUGAUCAGCGCGUGCACGGAGGUGUGGCAGGGCGUGUGCCGCGACCUGGGCUGGCGCAUCGACGACUCCAUCCAGGACGCGCUGCACUGGAAGCGCAUCUACCUGAAGGCCAAGCUGCGCAUGAGGCAGCUGCAGGAGGAGGAUGCCUUUGAGACGUCCUCGCUGAUCGGCCACAGUGCGCGGGUCUAUGCCCUCUACUACAAAGAUGGUCUCCUUUGCACAGGCUCAGAUGACCUCUCUGCAAAGCUCUGGGAUGUCCGCACUGGGCAGUGCAUUUACGGGAUCCAGACCCACACUUGCGCCACGGUCAAAUUUGACGAGCAGAAGCUGGUGACCGGAUCGUUCGACAACACCAUUGCGUGCUGGGAGUGGAGCACGGGUGCCAAAAUUCAGCAGUUUCGCGGGCACACAGGGGCAGUGUUCAGUGUGGACUACAACGACGAGCUUGACACCCUGGUGAGUGGCUCGGCCGAUUUCUCCGUGAAGGUGUGGGCGCUCUCAGCAGGGGCCUGUCUGAACACGUUCACUGGGCACACCGAGUGGGUCACCAAGGUUCUGCUUCAGAAGUGCGAAGUGGAGUCCAUGAUGCACAGUCCAGGAGAUUACAUCCUACUGAGCGCUGAUAAGUACGAGAUCAAGGUCUGGCCCAUCGGUAGGGAGAUCAACUGCGAGUGCUUGAAGACCCUGUCCGUGUCCGAGGACCGGAGCGUGGGCCUGCAGCCGCGUCUGCAGUUUGACGGCCGCUACAUCAUCUGCAGCUCGGACCUGGGUGUCUACCAGUGGGACUUUGCCAGCUUUGAUAUCAUCAGGGUUAUCAAGACACAGGACUUUACCAACCUCUCCCUGCUGAGCUUCGGCGAGGUGUUUGCCCUGCUGUUCGACCACAGCUACCUGUACGUGAUGGACCUGAGGACAGAGUCCGUCACGGGCCGCUGGCCGCUGCCGGCCUACCGCAAGUCCAAACGUGGCUCCAGCUUCCUGCCGGGCACCACCGCCUGGCUUAACGGACUGGACGGGCAGAACGACUCAGGCCUGGUGUUUGCCACCAGCAUGCCCGACCAUAGCAUUCACCUGGUGCUGUGGAAGGAGAACGGAUAGGGCCGCGUGCAGCCUGGCUCAGACCGAAGCCAGGAGGAAGGAGGCAGCCCACCCAAGGGUGCUCUUUGACUUCAAAACAAAACAAACAAACAAUCGAGAAAAACAGCCAACUUAGAUAUUGCAUGGACCAAAGUCUUCUUGUUUUUUGGGGUUUAUUUUUUAUUAUAAUUAAUUAUUUUGCUUUUAGGUUCUACAACUUUUUGACACACUUGCAGUUUCAUACACUCACACAUACAUGCUCUCACAAACAAGACACAUGUACACACACACACAUAUACACAUUCAUUCUGCUUUUAGAAAGUGUGAGUAGAGCGAACUGGAACCCACGCUAUGUCAGCACAAACUCGGUGGUGUGAUGUGGCCACAGGAUGUGGUUGGUGACUGAGGGCAGCAGUUGUGCUAGCUGUGCUGUCUAACCCCUGGCCCUCGGCCUGCACCGCCUUGGUCAUAAGGGAAUGAACUUGACAUGAGGAAGGCCCUGAAGCCCCACCACCCACCCUCGCCUCUUGGAGUUUGUGCCAAGCUGUUGAUUCACAGUAAAGGAAGCCAUCGCCAUAAUCACCUCAUUACGCCAUGUGUUUGACUCGUAAUACUACUGGUGAGCAAAUCCUGGAGGAGAUGUUGCCUUAAAGUACCACGUUUCUAAUUUUUUUUUUUUUUUUUUUUUUUGGUGGCUAAAUGUCUUUUUUCGACAGAUCCAUCCAUCCAUCCAUUCAUAACAGCACAGGUUAAAAAACUUCACAUUAGAACCAGUUAACCACCACACACUGUUAUAAACGUCAAGCAUGGAUAAAUAAAAGUCCUUUGGGUCGGACAACAUUUAGCUGUUCCUCUAUUCUUCCUUUCACUCUACGUGAAGUAAUCCUCAUUUUCUUUUUUUUUUUUUUUAAAAAAAUACUUUCAGAAAGCCACCGUGUGCAUCUUCGACAAUGUACGGGGGUUUCUUAACAUUUCUGGGUUGUUUUGAGGUUGUUUUUUCUGUAGUCUUGUGCCUUUCUUACAUAAACACACUUACUUUUCAAACAUCUGAGCCAUUUUAGUAAAGGUGCAAUAAUAUGUAAUGUACGUGAGCAGGAGGUGUACUCGUAACCCUGCUCUUCUCACACAAGUCCCAUUACUAAACCUGUGUACACUACUAUGUGUAGUCUUUUUUUAAUCAUUUUAAAGUAUUGUGAGCAACUACCACUACCUAAGCUCUGCACAAUUGGUUUAAGAACCGGAAGCACUGGCUUGGGCAGUUAGGUUAUUUGGCUGAGGCUUUUUGCUCUGGCAUCCCUUCUCUCCUCUAUGUACCAGUAAUUGGUUCGGAGUUAUUCAGAUCAGGUUAAUUAGUGAAAGUUACGGCAGGUUUGAGGUCAUGCCCGUGACAUACACAGAUAUUGUAUGUAACAAGUCUUCCACAAGAGUGGAUAAGAAAUGCAGGCAUUAAACUGCUUAAAAAAUGCAUGUCAUGAAUUUACAGAAUACUGUAUGUGCACCUGGGGGGGAAGAGAGGAGCGAGUCAGGCACUGUUUUAAGCUUUUCUUCUGCCAUAGUGCACAAUCAGACCACCCAUCUCAAAGUGUGUGACUGGCUUGGCUAGAUGUUAAAAAAGUCAAAUAUGCUGCCUUUAAAAUAAAUGAAAGUAGCUAACUCUU